GAGCUGCUUAUACCUUUGUUACGUACUUUAUCCCAUUUCAGAUAAAAGUGAAGGCAGUCGUAAAGUAUGAAGUCGUCCAGUUGUCUUUUUGCAGCAAUGCUGUUCAGCGUGGUCGCGAUAUCAGUCACCAAAGCAGAUUGCGGGGAUCCACCAAGUAUUCCGAAUGCUACUAACAACGUUACUGGUACCUCGCCUUACCCACAAGAUACCACUAUACGCUAUGAUUGUGAACUCGGAUAUAAUCCAGUGGGAACCAGUCGCUUUUACACUUGCACCGGAAAAACAUGGACAGACGGAAACUUCCGGUGUGAACAAAUUUAUUGUUCGCAUGUUGAAACACCGGAAAACGGACGAGUAGAGAACACCCCAACAUACGAAGUUGGUACAAUUAUUCAAUUUGCUUGCAACGAAGGCUAUGCGAUGUCCGGGCAAAACAAAAUGUUAUGUCGCAUAGAUGGCGAGUGGUUGCCUUCAACGCCUCCGAUAUGUACCGCAAAGGAUUGUGGGGAAUUCGGGUCAAUACAAGACGCAGAUUUAUUCCAGGAUAACUCUUAUAUUGAAAGAAAUCACUAUGGUAGUGUCGUAGAGGUCACGUGCCUUGAUGGGACGACUCCCAUUGGACCAUCACAGGUUAAAUGUCAAGCUAAUGGUGAAUGGGGAUUGAGACCAACAUGUGAAGACGUGCCGUGUCCACCAUACCCAAAUACAGACUCGCCGUGUAUUUCAGAGUUACAAACUUUUGGUGUUUAUCUCUUUAUUAAUUGUAAAGAAAAUGUAGCUACACAUUUUGGACCAAAUGCUGCGGAGUGUAUAUCAGGUCAGUGGGAUACCACGGAAAUGGGAUGCUUAUGCGAUUGUAUAUUACCAGAGUAUAACUCUAGUAGCUUGACUCUAAAUGGCCUCAACGGUCAUGGUAAUCUUCCACAUGCAACGAUGCUGGAUUGGACUUGUCAUGACACUAGCGACAAAUCGUCUUUAAAGCUCGUCAUGUGUUUGGAUGGAAAAUUUAACAUACAAGAUGAUCAAGAUAAUGAUAUAAUAUAUUCAAAUCCAUCUGAUUUUACUCGCAUUAUUUUGCCUCAGUUAUGUAAUUUACCACCAUUAGUGUCAUUAUCAUCAUUAUCAUCUCAACCAUCAACAACGACAUCAACAACAUCAAACAUCUGGUCAAAACCAGAAACAAAAUCAUCACAAUCAAAAACACUACAUUCUUCCAUGUCGUCACAAGUAACAGUCUCACCACAAUCGAUAAUGCUGUCAUCUACCAUGUCAACACCUGUUACAGCCUCAUCACAAUCAAUAACGCCAUCAUCUACCAUUUCUUCACCUGUAACAGCUUCAUCACAAUCAAUAAUGCCAUUAUCUACCAUUUCAUCACCUGUAACAGCCUCAUCAAAAUCAAUAACGCCAUCAUCUACCAUGUCAACAACCUUAACAGUCUCAUCACAAUCAAUAACGCAAUCAUCUACCAUGUCAACAUCUGUAACGGCCUCGUCACAAUCAAUAACGCCAUCACAAUCAACAAUGCCAUCAUCUACCAUGUCAACACCUGUAACAGUCUCAUCACAAUCAAUAACGCCAUCAUCUACCAUGUCAACACCUGAAACGGCCUCGUCACAAUCAAUAACGCCAUCACAAUCAACAACACCAUCAUCUACCAUGUCAACACCUGUAACAGUCUCAUCACAAUCAAUAACGCCAUCAUCUACCAUGUCAACACAUGUAACGGCCUCGUCACAAUCAAUAACGCCAUCACAAUCAACAAUGCCAUCAUCUACCAUGUCAACACCUGUAACAGUCUCAUCACAAUCAAUAACGCCAUCAUCUACCCUGUCAACAUCUUGA